GAUAUUUCCACCUGUCUGCAACCACAUCUCGUGAGACCACAACCUUGAAAAAUUCAUCCCACUGCUGUUUAAUUACUUUUUUUCAAGUGCAGCUAGAACUAGACGAAUUUAAUCAAGAGAAUCAGCAUGGGGAAAAAGCAAUCCAAGGUACAGCACUCGGCUCCUCCGCCGGAGGCUGUCCAAGACUUUGUCGAGGACGCCGAGGAAGUCGAGCGGUGCGUGAGCGAAACGUACGGGAAUUUAUUGUCUCCGCCAAAGUUACUGUGGUCGGUGUGUAGAUGCGACGGAAAGACAGACAAUGCGGAUUUAGUCCCAACCGAUUGCGCAUUCCUUCCAAAUGGCCACCUGUUGGUCACCAACAUGAAUAAGCAACGACCGUGCCUUGAAGUGUACGACCAAAUGGGAAAACUGGUCAGGAAAAUUGGGCAUGAUAUAUUUAAACCUAAGAAUGUAAUGAUUACAAAGAAAGGGACUAUCGCCGUGACAGACUGCAGGGAUAAAAAUGUCAAGUUUUUCACCCCUGAGGGGAAAUUAAUUGAUCAAUGGAAGGCCAAGAAGUUCAACUUCCCUUGCGGAAUCGGGGAGACCAAGGAUGGGAAGUUUGUCAUUGCAGACUCGGAUGCCAACUCGGUCACUUUACACAACAGACAGGGCGAACUGGUUGGCAAGUUGAACCCUAAACUCGCUGGGCAUAAGAAUUUCAAGUAUCCUUGUUACGUUGUUGUGGACAAGAAGAACAACAUCAUCUUCUCCGACUCUGGUAACCACUGUGUCCACGUUUACAUGGGGCACAACCUACUGCAUCUACGCCAGAUCAACACGUACGAACACAACGACUGGGAGGCAAACACCAACCCGAAUGGCAUCUGUACCGACUGGUAUGAUAACAUCAUCAUCGCAGACUGGAUAAACCGGGACAGAAUGGUCUCCCUGUGUACCAGGGACGGAGAGGUCCUCACCUUACUGCACAAGGAUGAGGUACAAAGUCCUCAUGGGGUCGCGUUUGACACCAACUCUGGAAGGUUAGCUGUCGCUGAAUAUUCGUCUGUACCUAACUUGAAGCCAUGUUUGAAGGUGUUUCAGAUGUAUAAGUAUUUGCCAAAACACCAUUAAACUGUCUCUCCUAUUGGCUGAGGACGACGAAUUGAGGAUGUGCCGAGGACAAUAUCGAACGUCAGAGAUUGAAAGCAGCUGGAUCACCAAUGAAUACCCGUGAACUGUGAACGGUAACCAAUAGAUUUUGAUCGAGAGAUGAAUGAUGGAAAUGAAUGAGGUGAUUAUGAUACCGUCUGUUGUUUUGGCGGGCUGAUCACAGCCUUGCCUGGUUAAUUGGAAUGGAGGAAUGUACCUGAUGGUGAUAGUUUAUCCUGCCUGAGUUCUCCUGUUGCGGACGGUGAUGUCGAGAAUAAACAGAAGUGUCAGGGACUGCUGCCAUACUUUGAUCAAUACUGCAAAUAUCUAGUGUUUAGUAGUGUGCAUCGCAUAUAUGUUGUAAUAUUUUCUUUUGAAAGUAAACCAUGUAAUUUAUCAAUGUAUUUUCAACACUGGCCUUCAUAGGCCACUCGUGUGGUGGUGAUGGGAGGGUGGGGCGCUUAUGCGUUAAUGAUAUUAGAUAAUUUGUUUGCCUCGACUCUAAAUGUGCUUUUGCUGGUGGUCAUGCCGCGCUACGAUUGUCUAAUCGCUUGUAAAGUAAAAUGCAACGUGUUCGGCCAUGGCGAAAUAAUCAUACCUCAAGACGCUCUUCCACAUGGGUGUUGGCUAUUCGAAUUACUCACGCUGGCGGGACAUGAGCACGGACUGCGCAAGCCCACUGGGUUUAGAGCAGUUUUCCUGCAGCGGCGGCGACCGCAAUCCGAAUAAAGAUUAUUUAAAUGGCUAGGAUUAAAAACAGACAUUAGCUUCAUGUGAAAGUUCAUUUCGUCAUUCUCGUCGUCUUUCCUCAAUACGGGGUGACAGGGCGAGGCCGGAUUACUGCGUCCGGAGUGUAGUGAAAGUAUGUUUUUUUCAUUUAGUCUGUAUUGUAUUGUUCAAUAGGUCUUUGUAUGUAAUGGUGUCGCAACAUCUCUUGCGUGUUCUUUCCUCAAAGCUUUCGCAUGGAUGGAAAAGCAUUAUUGUACAAUGUACUGACUGUAAAACCGACCAGGAGUCGAGUCAGGUCGUGACUGACCAAUAAUACGCUACUCAAGGCGAAUGUUUCUUGGCACCCCAUCCCUCUACAGAUGUUUUGACGCCAUAGUGAUUGUUUUCAUGUUGCUUUUAUUUGUUUUCUUUGCUCAUAAAUAUAAAGUGACCA